CUUACAUGUAAUUAACUGACAUCUAAGACGUUUACAGCUAUUGGGAGCGAUGAAAUCAAUCAGCUUGACUGUCAUUCCACUGUGGUGGGCUCUCGAGGCUACCGCCGCUCCGACGCGGGUGCUUGCUUCGCCGCCGGCUGAAUUCACGCCCAACACCAAGGUCGGUCCUGGUGGGAAUAGGUACAAAGACUCACCGCAUUUUCGCGUCUACGAUGCAGCAAACGACGACGUUGCGAACACCUUACUCCAGACUCUGGAAUCCGCCUAUGACUGCUUUGUAGUUGGUCAGGGCUGGCGUUCAACUGGUUUAUCGUUCAAUCAGGAUACAGAUGAUGGGCCGUGGUACAAGAUGAACGUUUACGACGUGGCUGACCUUGGAGCCAACACUGCUGCAAACACUGGAACGGACAGUGCUACGGGACUAAGUUUCUUGAACGUCGUCACGCAAUGGAUGAACACUCCUUCUAUAACCGUUCAUGAGUUCGGGCACGCCUUGACUUACGCUGAGAGGUACUGGAUCGACCAGGGACGGACUGGAGCUUGGUGGGAAACGGUAGCCAACUUUGUUGCUGAUACGUUCAUCACUUCUUCGAUAUGCGAGGACUCUAGGAGCCGUUAUAGUCAACCUAGUGGUGAUACUCUAAUGAAUCUUCAGAAAGUCAUUGGCGAUUCGUAUCAAGUUAUCGUAGACGGAUCAAGGGGAACCGGAAACUACUACGAGGCGUGGCCAUUUCUGACUUAUAUCACGAACAACCCAGACAACUACUCGGGGUUGGGCAUGGCCAACUUUCCGGAUGUGUGGCGGAAGUAUAAACGGGACAGCAACGAGACACCUCUGCACGUCCUAGACCAGCUUGCUGCACCCACCAAGAUCCAAACCAUCGUCGGCCGUUACUGGGCUCGGAUGGCAUAUGUCGAUAUUGGACACGAGAAAGCCAGAGCUCUAUUUGAGAGGCAAAAGGGAGAGUUUAACUAUGCCAACCUAGAUUCGCUAGGUGGAGGGAAAUACCGAGUCAAAGCUGCUCGGCAGCCUCGUUACAUGGGUGCCAACAUCAUCCCUCUCAAGGCGACGAGCGCGUCGAUCAGCAUUGCUAUAACUGCCACGGCUCCAUACACGGCAUCUCUAGCAAUCAAGGCGUCAGAUGGGGCAGUCCGGUACGUUGAUGUGGCGGAUAACAAGGCCGAAGCGCCACUGGCUAGCGGAGAGAAAGCUACUCUGGUGGUUGUUAACACACCGGACUCUCUGUAUCUUUACGACCCUUUCUCGCUUACCAGUGAUGUAAGCCGAGGUUUAGAUUACCAGGUGCAGCUCAUGGGGGCGAGCGUGUAGAUUCGUGUUAUGACACCAAGGAAGAGUUGAAAUACAAGUCAUUAUGGCGUCGACACUUCUGAGAAUUAUCAUAUGAAGGCUUGUGAAUGUGAGUCAGGGCUACGUUUCUAUGGAUGCGUAACGGGUCUUGUAUGCUGGGUAGUGUCCUGGGCAACGAGAGUCAUAAACCCUCUACAGACCUUAGAAACACGACAAGACCAAGGGCGUCACUACUCGUAGAUUUUCAUUAGUCUCAACAAUCUAAUUUACCGAUUAUCAAUGAA